AUGUCCGUUUCGGAGUAUGCUGAGAAGUUUGAAGACCUGGCUGAUUACUCCCGACAGGCUGCCUAUGCUCAGGAUGAACUAUGGAAGAUUGAUCAGUUCAUGAUGGGACUAAGGGCGGACAUUGCUCAUAGUGUAUUACAGAGAGAGUUCACCAUUUAUGCUGAGUGUUUGAGGCAAUACUAUAUUGCUGAAAACAGUUUGAAGAGGGUUCAAGAAGAGAGAAAUCAGAACAAGACAAGUUUUAGAGAGCAAGGAAGAUCAGGACACUAUCUGAAGCCCCGCAACUUUCCGACAAAGAAGAAGCAAAAUCAUGGUGACCAGUCAUCUAUACCUCCUCAGUGUGAUAAAUGUAAGAGAAGACAUCGUGGGGAUUGUAGGCCUUUUGGAGCUGCUUGCUAUGAGUGUGGUGAAAUGGGCCACAUGGCUAGGCAUUGUCCAAAGAAGAAAGCUCCUGAGAAGACCGUAGGUCAUGUGUAUACCUUGGAUGCAAGGAAAGCGAAGGGAAACAACUAUCUCAUUGCGGAGUGUGUUUACCGACUUGGGUUGGAAGAAACUCCUCUACCUGAUCCUAUGGUCAUUUCCUCGGCUACGGAUGAUUCUGUGGAAGCUCGGCUAGUUUGCAAGGAUUGUUUUGUAUUUUUUAAUGACCGUGAUUUUCCGAUCGAUCUGAAUUGCUUACCUCUCAAGAGAAUCGAUGUCAUUCUUGGAAUGGAUUGGUUAUCUCCUAAUUCAGUGUAUAUUGGAUGCAAGGAGAAGGCUAUAUUCAUUCCUGCAGAAGAGACUACCUCCGAUGAUGCAAUUACCAAGUUAAUUGAAGGUACAAUCAGAAUGGUUAACUAUCUCUUUUCUCAAGAAAUAUCCUUUCUUUUAGUUCUUUCCAAGGAGCCUUCUGUAAGGAUGGAAUUGUCUGAGAUUCCAGUGGUGUGCGAAUUUCCUGAUGUAUUCCCUGAGGACAUCACUUCUCUUCCUCUAGAAAGAGAAGCGGAAUUCUCGAUUGACCUCGUUCCUGGUACUGCCCCUGUCUCUAUAACUCCGUAUCGGAUGUCCCCUAUCGAACUCAGAGAAUUGAAGAGCCAGUUAGAAGAACUCCUAGCUAAGCAUUUCAUUCAGCCCAAUGUUUCUCCAUGGGGAGCUCCUGUUCUCUUGGUGAAGAAGAAGGACGGAAGUAUGCGUUUGUUUAUCGAUUACCGUCAACUGAACAAGGUUACCAUAAAGAACAAAUAUCCCUUGCCACAGAUUGACGACCUCCUAAAUCAAUUGAAAGGAGCCAGUGUGUUCUCGGAGAUUGAUCUUAGGUCGGGGUAUCAUCAGAUUCGGGGGAAGAGCUCAGACGUUCCCAAGACUGCAUUCAGAACUCGGUAUGGUCAUUACGAGUUUUUAGUUAUGCCUUUUUGUAUGACUAAUGCUCCGUCUGUUUUCAUGGACUACAUGAAUCGAAUAUUCCAACCGUAUCUGGAUCAGUUUGUGGUGAUCUUCAUUGACGAUAUCUUGGUGUAUUCUCGUUCUCUAGAAGAGCAUAAAGAGCAUUUGUGGAUCGUGUUGUCUACUCUUCGAGAGAAGCAAUUGUACGCCAAGCUUAGCAAGUGCGAGUUCUGGUUAUCGAAAGUAAGUUUCCUUGGUCACGUCAUUUCUGGGGGAGGCGUGGCAGUAGACCCUUCAAAGGUAGAAGCGGUAGUGAUUUGGGACCGACUGAAGAGUGUAACGGAGGUUCGAAGUUUCUUAGGGCUAGCCGGUUACUAUCGGAGGUUUAUCAUGGGAUUUGCUAAAUUCGCCUUACCAUUGACGAAGCUUACCCGGAAGGAAGUUGCUUUUGAAUGGGACUCCGAGUGUGAGCAAAGUUUCCAGAAGCUUAAGGAGAAGUUGACUUUUGCACCGGUAUUGGUGAUUCCUGACCCAAAUCGAUCGUACGAAGUAUUUUGUAUUGCGUCUAAGAAAGGUUUAGGAGGAGUGUUGAUGCAAUACGGUCAAGUCGUGGCUUAUGCAUCUCGGCAGUUGAGAUCUCAUGAGGAGAAUUAUCCUACCCACGAUCUUGAGCUUGCUGCAAUAGUCUUUGCGCUUAAAGUGUUGCGACAUUACUUGUAUGGAGUCCACUUUGAAAUGUUCAGCGAUCAUAAGAGCCUAAGAUACUUUUUUGAUCAGAAGGAGUUGAACAUGCGACAUAGAAGAUGGAUGGAGUAUCUUAAGGAUUAUGACUUUGAACUGAAAUACCAUCCAGGGAAGGCUAAUAAAGUAGCAGAUGCUUUAAGUAGGAAGGAAUUUCGGGUUGCGGAGUUGAUGAUGUUAGAACAUGGUUUAUUAGAGAAGUUCCGAAACCUUAACCUUCAGUUCGAAUGGAUGCCCAACGGUGUUCUGCUUAGCAAUUUGAGCAUCGUGAACAAGCUUCGGGAGACGAUCCGGUUAGCUCAGGAAUGUGAUGCAAAGUUGCAAGCAGACGAGAACCUUCCUUAUUUUUGUAGGGCACCGGAUGGAAUCCUUUUGUUUCAUCAGAGAGUUUGUGUACCAAAUGAUCCUGAGUUAAAGCGUCUAAUCCUUGACAAAGCGCACAAGAGAAUGAAGAAAGAAAUUGCAGAAUACGUGGCGCAGUGUUCUAUCUGUCAACGGGUUAAGAUUGAACAUCAGAGGCCAGGAGGGAUGUUGCAACCUCUGGAGAUACCAGUAUGGAAAUGGGACUCUAUCUCUAUGGAUUUCAUUGUGGGAUUACCCCGUGCCCGAGGUGGAUACGAUUCUAUAUGGGUGAUAGUGGACAGGUUAACUAAGUGUGCUCACUUUUUGCCUGUAAAGACGACCCACAAGGUGAUCCACCUUGCAAGACUUUUCAUAGCGAAGAUUGUUCGAUUGCAUGGUGUGCCAUCCAAUAUAGUGUCCGAUCGAGAUCCAAAGUUCACUUCGAGAUUUUGGAAGAUGUUCCAUAAGGAAUUAGGGAAUAGGCUGGAUAUGAGUACCUCUAAUCACCCCCAAUCUGAUGAGCAGACGGAGAGGACAAUCCAGACGAUUGAAGAUAUGUUGAGAGCUUGUAUUUUGGAAGAAGGUGGGAGUUGGAAGGAUCAUUUACCUUUGGUGGAAUUUGCAUAUAAUAACAGUUACCAUGCUAGUUUGGGUAUGGCUCCCAAUGAGGCUCUAUAUGGCAGGAAGUGUCGAUCUCUCGAUAAUCUUAAGAAAUCCCAGGAUCGACAGAAGAAUCAUGCGGACAAGCGAAGGAGGCCUUUGGAAUUUGAAGUUGGAGACCACGUGUAUCUAAAAGUCACCCCGAGAUUGAGACUGGGAGGACCGUUCAAGACACGUAAGCUUAGUCCAACAUACGUGGGACCCUAUCAGAUUGUGAGUCGGAUAGGUGGAGUGGCCUAUCAGUUGGCAUUGCCACCUUCCCUAUCCGGACUACAUGAUGUGUUCCAUGUAUCCCAACUCCGAAGAUUUGUGCCUGCUGCUUUCCAUCCUAUCCUACCAGAUUCUAUUGCCGUGGAACCAGAUCUUUCCUAUGAUCCACAACCUUGCCGUAUCUUGGAACAUGCUAGUAAGUCUCUAAGGAAUAAGGAAAUACCUCUUGUGAAGGUGUUGUGGGAUGAGACGCGUCUUGAGGAAGCUACAUGGGAGCUUGAGUCAGGGAUGCGGGAGUCCUAUCCCCACUUGUUAUGCUCCGCCGUGAGAACGGCCGGAGAAGACGACCGGAGUCCGUCUCCGGCGUCUGAUCAAACUCAGGAUCCCGUUUCUGUUGAGUUCUAUGAUUCUGAAUUGCGCUGGUUCACCUUUCAAGACUACCAACUGGCUCCCACCCUUGAAGAGUAUGCUGACAUUCUCAAGAUUAAGGUUCAACGUAAAAUCCCUUUUGUAUGCGUACCUGAGAAGCCAAAAAUGGAUCGCAUUGCUGGUGCUCUUUAUUUGAGCAUGAAGGAUGUUAUGGAUAACUGGAAGCCUAAUGGUGGAACUCAUGGAUUCUAUGUAAGAUUUCUGAUGAAGAAGGCUGAAGCCCUUGCUGUUGAGGAAAAAUGGAAAGAAUUCAAUGCUCUCCUUGUCGUCAUGAUCUAUGGAUUAGUGUUGUUCCCGAAUAUUCUGAACUUUGUCGAUCUUACUGCUAUCUGUCUCUUUAUGGAUCAAAAUCCUGUGCCCACUCUGUUGGCCGACACUUAUUAUGCCGUCCAUUCUAGGUAUGGGAAGAAAGGGUCAGUUGGGGGUUGUUUACCACUACUAUACGAAUGGUUUUCUUCACAUUUGCCUAAAAGCGGAGCGUUUGUCACCACAAGAGACUCACAGAAAUGGCCUCAAAGGAUCAUGGGGCUUACUGCAAACGACAUCGUCUGGUGUCACAUCGGAAUGGACAUAGAGGAAGUUAUAACUAGUUGUGGCAGUUUUGACAACGUUCCCCUCAUAGAAACGAAAGGUGUUAUCAAUUAUAACCCGGGGCUCGCGUUACGCCAGUUGGGAUUUGUGCUUAAAGACAAGCCUUUGGACAAAGAGAUAUUCGAAUCCGUUUGCUUUGAGAAGGGAACUGAUCCAGAGGGUUUGGAAAAAGUAAGAAGUGCCUGGAAUAGCAUCCAUACAGAUGAUCAGACUUCUCUAGGUGAGAAGAAUGCCGUUGCCAAACAAGCCUAUACAGAUUGGGUCAAAGAUAGAGUUAAGGACCGCCUAUUGCCCUUCCCGAAGGUUAACCCAUUGUAUGAGAAACCACCUAAGGUUCUAACUGUCACUGUGCCUGCUGAGAAUUACACCCAAGCGGAUAUGGAAAACACCCAGUUGCGUGAAAAGAGGCCAGACACACAACUAAGACAUUAUCCUGUGGAUAAGAGAAGGGUUGAGUUGAUACACGAAGCCGGGAUGCUGAAAGGGGGAUCUUCCAGAGUUCAAAAGAGAACCAGAACUGAAAAGGGUGAAAGAGCUACUACUGUUGUUGCCGAGGAUCACCAAAAGAUCAUAAAAAGGCAAUAA